AUGGAAAGAUGUUUAACGAGAUGGCUCGGCCGAGCUACCACCUGGGGAGCUAUAGUGCUCAUCGACGAAGCCGAAGUUUAUCUUGAACAACGUCAGUCUGGGCAUAUCAACAGAAAUGCACUAGUUACAGCCUUCCUCCGCACAAUGGAAUAUUUUCCGGGCCUCCUGUUUCUAAUCUCUAACGGCAUUGGUCUCUUUGAUGAGGCCAGGAGUCUCUUCGAUAAAUUGGAAGAGGACCGAACGAUAGUAAAAGAGCGAAAUCAAGCCGCUUCAGCAAUCGAAGGUCAACCUAAGGAACAAGUGAAGCCAGAAAUCAUCAUUCCGGGGACUACAAGGGAUGUUGCCCUGAGCAGGAAUCAAUACGCCUUGAACCUUCAGUUGAAUGGAAGAGAUAUAAGAAACAUUCUUCUAAGUGCCAUUAGUCUGGCACGGCACGAGAGUGCCCGAAGCUCGAGCAAUGGAAAGCCACCGAAAGUGAUUAAGGUGACAGCGGAGCAGCUCGAAAGGGCUCUCAAGAAUAAGGAGUCUUUCAAUGAUGACUUCAAACGUGCGACAGGAUCUUACCCUGAUCAGAUGGCGGCGGAGAAGUUCAUGAGGGCGGAAAGCUGA